AUUAUUCAUUUCUUUACAUACAGAGAGGAAAAAGUGUUCAAUUUCAGUACAAUAAAACUGUUACUGGAGAAGACCCUAAGCUUGAAGUAAAGUAUUGGUGCCUUAAUCCAGCUACUCCUACAGAUGGGGAAGAGAGAGACAUAAAGAUUGAUGAGCAAUCCUUAGUUUGUGAUGCAUGUGUUAAUGUUUCAACAAUGGAAAAAAAAUUGACAGAGGAUCAAAACAGCAUUUCCUUUGAGGUCAAAAAUGUUGUUGGUGGACUUGUGGCUCUUACACAUAUAAAAGUAACUUUCAAGAUAAAACAAGAAUGCACUUGGGAAGAAGAUUGUAAAAAAACCUGGGAUUUUAAAACAGAAGAUGUAGUUAACCCACUAGAUGACUUGAAGACUGAUGAUAAAUAUUUGCUUCUAAAAAGAAACACUGAAUCUACUUUGAAAAGAACAGUGAAAGGCAGCUUCAAAGAAAUAUUUGUUCAAUUGCAGUAUAAGUGCAACAGUGUUAAUCCUUCAUACUCAAAAUUGUCUUUAACACCUGAAAAUGUUAAACUCACUUGUGAUGGUGCUUGGAAUAAUAUUACGGUACCAGAGUCAAAUGAGGUGUUUCGGAUUGGAAAUCUUGAAGCAAAUAUCUCAAUAGUGAUUGCAUUUAAUGAAACAGAAUCUGAGGUCACCAUCACAGUUAAAAAGAGUCAGAAUACUGACUAUAUUGCUUUAAAAGAUAUCAAAGUUGUAACCACUGAAAACAAGGAUAAUGGUGAUGAAAAGUUUUCUGAGGACAAAGAAACACGUAAGUAA